AUGCUCGAACGGGCAGCCGGCUGCUUCGAAAGCGCGGGUCGGCGUUUCCUUCGAGAUCCCAAUGGCGCGAUUCAGAGUAGGAGGUCGCUCUCUCGACACUUUUGGAAGCAUAAAGCCACCGGAGGAGACGCCCCCAGCUGGUUUCUCGCCCUAGUGCACUCAUCAAGCCAACGCCCGGCCGCUGUUUCUAGUCUACCGGAUAGUCUUCCAGCCUACGAUCGAGGCCCACCGGUUCUGGACUUCCUCUACCCAAAUAAAACACAAGACUUUGCAGCGUUGCGGCUUUCGCGCCCCUCGAGGAGGCUCGGUCUUCGACGAAGGAAGAAGCCACUCGCCGGCUUCUCGAGAUCAUAUACCACAGAAGCCUCAACUUUGCAGCAAACUCUUGUCAAUGAUGCCCAUGAAAACCAUUCAUUUACUGAAGGAGAUAGCACUCAUAUUCCAAAGGAGGCUACGGAGGAGCUCACACAGUUGUUAAAAGACCAGGGAGAUGAGUUUGACAGAGCUUGGGUGUUUUACCUCGCUGCUAGACAACCGCAGAAAUUUCGCUCCUCACUUUGCGCCUAUCUCAGCCGAUCGCCCCAUGCCGUUGAUCAAGAUCGUGCUUGGCAACUGUUUCAAGAACUUCCGCCCGAGAACCGAUCCGCCAAUGAUUUCCUCCACAUCACUCAGUCACAGCUUCGUCCCGAGAACCAUUCGAAGAUUAGAUCAAUAUGUGAAGAAGCCUCCUCAAGAGGCUUUGAAAACUCUUGUUGCGCACUCGCCUGCGCGUAUUACAUCAAGAAGAACGAAUGGACCAAUGCCCUGGACAUUUGCCGGCUGGGAAAGGGCGGAAGCAACCGUCCCAAGUUUUUCAAACAAAUAAUUUCUCAUCUCGAUCACCUCGCCCUUCCCGAGAGCACCGUUCAACUUGGAGAUUUUCUCGCAAUUCACCCCGACAACAAGAUCGCCCUCAGCCUCGCGCGAUUCCUCAUCGAAUAUGUAUCAAAAUCUUUCGGGCUCCUCGAAAGCACAUCACUAGAGCUUCUUCUUCAGAUGUUGCGGACACAUCAACGACUGGGUUUACUGAAGGGAGAACAUUAUUUUACCAUGCUGCGAACUCUUCAGUCUUCGAGCAAAAGGUCAAAUAUUGUUCGCGCCGUUGUUCUUUACCGACACAUGCGCUGGCAAUUACCCGAGGUGAAACCGCCUGCGCCACUACUCAGCAAACAAAUAAGCGUCUUGGCGUCUUUCGACAUCACAAAUGGCAUCCAAUUAUUCCUGGAUGAUCUGUCAAAUUUCCAUCGGAAGCCUUCCGCGGAGGUAUACAGACAGGCAAUGAUGGUAUAUUCCCGUGCCGGAAAGGUAGCAAAGGUGAAGUCUCUUUUUGAGAGACGUGUUGCAGACCAUGGGCCACCUCGCAGUCUCUAUUCAUUAACUCCACUCCUGGACGUUCAUGCGCAGAUUGGCAAUGUGCAGGAAACGCACCAUCAGUUUCAAAAAAUCGCGGAGGAUUUUCAGCUCACUCCGAAUACAGUGUGCUGGAACAUUCUUCUCAAAGCUCAUGCCAAGGCGGUUGAUCUAUCAGGCGCCUUUUCCGUAUUUUCUGAGAUGCUCAAAGAUGGCGUGCGGCCUGACUCUCAUACAUUUGGUACACUGAUGGACAUUUGUGCUAGCCGCGGGGACAUUGGGAAUACACGCUGGCUGCUGAGGGAGGCGCAAAACUGUCAGGUUCAGAUCACCAUACCAAUGCUUGAUAGCGUUGUUCGAGUUUACUGCAACAACGGACGAUUGGAUCUGGCCGAGAAAUUUGCCAAGGCAGCUUUACGUGUGAAAGUCGAAGAAUCUCCCAUCAGAAUGUGGAAUACGCUCCUGCUACAUCACGCAUUGAGGAUGGACGUGGAAGCUUUCCGUCGAGUCAAAAGAACGGUGGAAAGGGCUAAAUUGUCACCUGAUGCUUCAACGUGCUCUGCUAGUUUGCUCAGUCUGGUUUUGAUGAACAGGCCGGAUCAAGCGCGAAAGCUUCUUCGAAACCUCCACAAGAAAGAAAUUAUUCACGCCACGCAGCAUCACUAUGCCAUUAUUUUGUACGGAUAUCUCCGGGUGGGCAACCGUGACAUGGUUCACAUCAUUUUCAAUGAGAUUACCGAGAGAUUCGGUCGAGCCGAGACCAAGUUGAGUCUCUUGAAACUCAAGUCAGAUAUUGAGCGUGACUUGCAGAUCAUGAAAGAUGAGGGCCUCAGACCUUAUGGUGAAAGCCUACACUUGGAAACUGCAGAACGUUUCUUGAUGUCAGCCAUGUCUCAAGCGGACACCGAAAGGUCUUCAUCCAAACCCUCGUUACUUGGUAUUUCAAGAGAUUCAUCCGCCAGUACAUUUUCAACCUUGCACUAUGAGUAUCUCAUCAAGCAAUAUGGCAAGGGAGGUGCAGUUGGACGGGCCCGUGAAUUGUUUCACCAGUAUCUCAAUUCCGAGCUGCCUGGAGGUUCGUCAGACGACGGACUUGAGAAUGGCCCAUUCGGAAUUGUCAACGCGUUGAUGGUUGCUCAUUUGAGAGCUGAAGACUACGAGAGCGUGAUUAAGUGCUGGCAGAUUCAACUGCCUCGCGCUAUCAAAAUGGCAAGCCGUGUCGACAUACGGGAUGUGCUUGACUUGGAGCCAAAACGUUCAACUGACUUAAUUUCGUCAAGCCCACCUCGACAAGUAUCAAUUCUGGAAUCUUUGACGCAAGCCAGUAAUAGCUCAGAUGCUGCACUUGGUGACCGUGCCGAAGGACAGGCUAAGCGCAAGAUUCUUUCUAGCCAGCGCUUCAUUUUGUCGAAGCCAUUUUCGCUCUACAUACGCGCUUUGGCCUAUCAGAAUGAGACUGAAAAGAUCAUCACGGCCAAGGCAGAACUUCAGGCUGCCGGCUUCCAGCUGACCACUUUCAAUUGGUCAACUUACGUGCAGAUGAUGGCAGCUUCAGACCGAAUGUCCGACAUCGUUGAGGCUUUUAUGACCAAUGAACGUAUGUUCAUGCCAAGGUUCCCUGGAUGGGGCCCGCUUCGGCGAGGAUACAUGUUGAAGACCAAAAAGUCUUCAAAAUUCGCACACAAGCUCGAAGAUCCUCGACAAGAUCCGCGCUCCACCUAUCGACAAAGCCAGAAAUUCCUUGGAAAAGCUGCCCGAAAGCACUUCAAUCAAAUUCGGCCUGACCUGCUCUCGCCGACCUAUCUCACCAUGGUGUACCUCUCUGCGUCACUAAACCGCGUCCGAGAAGAUAGUAUUCUAAGUGGUAGCAACGAUUUGCAAAUCCUUCUCCAAAAAGCACCAGAGACUAUGAAGGCCCUCGGAGACAUGCCUUACUGGCGUGAGAAAUACCAGGGAGUGCUGGUACGCGGCCGAGAAGUCGGACCCGAUUUGGAAGGGGACCCCAUCGACCAACAAGUCGCUCUUGGCGGAGUCCUCGGCCCUGGCGUCAAAGCCAAACCGAGACGACUUCCUCACCUUGAUCAUGCAGUGGACCAGAAGUACUCAUACAUGGAUGUUUCAGCCACAGAUGAAGCCCCCAAUGCUCUUGCCGAGCUGCUCACAUCUGGUGAUCUUGAAGACCCGCAUGAAGGCCCUGUUUCUCGUGAGGAUUUGCUCGAUAUUGAGAAUGACAUUCGUCAUCAUCGCCGCAUAGCGAAAGCUCAAGAGAAAAUGCGCCGCAGGGAGCUGAACAGCAAGGUCCAACGGGCUUCACAUGGGACUGGGAAGGUGAGUAGACCAGUCGAACUUGAUGGAGGAAGUGAUGAGGUUUUCGGUGAGGUCAAUGGAUUAGAUGGUGCAGUUGAGCCAGUUGAGCCAGUUGAGCCCGAAACUCUGAAUGAAAGUGGUCGAGUGGGUUAA